AUAAUCUCAUUCAAUAAAUUUUGACAUUUUUGGUAAUAGAAUGAGAAAGUAAAUAACGUGAGUGUAGAAAGUACAAGAAAAACGAACAGAUCUAAAUAAACUACUUGCGUACUGUCAUCGUGGAACGCGGAACAGCUGAUCGCGAGAAACGCGAACACAGGAACGUCAUGACGAGAAACGUCGUAAUGGCGGAACGAGUGGAAGCUAUUGAAGUAUGUUGCAACGACACAAGUUGUGUUUUAUCGCCGUAGGUUGAAGCAACGUCUGUUGUGCUCGAUUGUGUGUGCGCUUCGAGGACACUAAUCACUCGUCGUGAAACCUAUCGAGUCUCUCUCAGACACAAUGAUGAAUAAUCGCAGGCGGAGCAAUAACUUUACAUACGUCAGCUCGUGCGUGAAAUACAUGAUCUUUAUGCUGAAUUUCGUCUUCUGGCUGUUUGGCGGGCUGUUAAUCGGUGUAGGUCUAUAUGCUUUCUUGGAUAAAUGGCAAGCGACUGGAUCUGUCAGAGUGGAAAACGUUUAUGAUGUAGUCUUAAACAUCUCUUUGGUGAUGCUGAUAGCUGGUGGCGUCGUCUUUGUCGUUAGUUUCGCAGGAUGCGUAGGAGCUCUUCGUGAGAACACAUGCCUCCUUAAAUUUUAUUCAUUGUGUCUUCUGGUAUUUUUCCUUCUGGAAAUGGGUGUGGCAAUCGUCGGUUUUGUAUUUCCAACCGCAUUACAGCCUCUUUUGAAACAAUCUUUCACAGAUAAAAUAAUUCAAACAUAUAGAGAAGAUCCAGAUUUGCAAAAUUUCAUUGAUUUUGGGCAGCAAGAGUUCAAAUGUUGCGGCUUAAGCCAAGAGGGAUACCUGGACUGGGGAAAGAAUGAAUAUUUUAAUUGUACUAGCCCUAGUGUAGAGCGUUGCGGCGUCCCAUUCUCUUGUUGCAUAAAUGCUACCGAUAUAUCUAGUGGACUUGUAAAUAUAAUGUGCGGCUACAAGGUCCAGAUGUUACCAAUAUCGGAAGCGAGUAAAAAGGUCUGGACUAGUGGAUGUAUCGAGAUCGUGCGUAGCUGGGCGGAACGCAAUCUCUAUACGAUAGCAGGUAUCGCUCUGGGUAUCGCACUCAGUCAGCUUUUCGUGAUUUAUCUCGCGAAAACGCUGGAAGGCCAAAUCGAAUUGCAAAAGUCCCGCUGGUAUUCCUGAGCUUGACUUCAGGCCACCUACCGUUACCAGAUACAUUCUCCGGCCAACAGGCAGGUGGCCAGCGGCGGCCGAUCGCGCGGAACACAUGACACAGAAACAAAUAUAAAUGCGCGAAUGGCAUUGCUCGUCCUCUUUGCGAUCUUUUUAUACAUACUGUGCAUUCUAUCCCUCAUCAAACUCGUCCUCUAUUUCAAGAAUUACUUUCACCUGUAUGUGAAUAAGGGAUAAUACGUCGUUGAUGAUCGAUGAUAUUCUUUGUCAGCUACUACUGAGGAUGCGUUUACGCGAUCAGGUAUCGAUUAAGAUCUUACAUAGAGAUUAUAUACAUCCAAGUGCAGAGAUGGUGUCCUGCGUAUUUACAAUCAGCAGUAAAAAUUUUUUCUAAUACUUGGGAAAUGUAUUUUUCGCUUACAUACAAUUAAUUGCAUGAUUCAACUUCAUGCUUGCGAAAAAUCAGUGAAUCACAUGUCACGAAGUCAUAUUUUUGUGAAUGCUGUAUGGGACACUGUUGAUGCAUUCCUCUGUAUAUGGAACUGAUGACUUAAAUGCGCUAAAGACAAAAGUGAGAUAUUUACUAUGACUCUGUAAUAUGCAUUUUGUUAAGCAUUUGUAUUGCAUUGCAUUAUGCGAUAUUAUAGAACAAUCUCAAUUUUACAAUUAAAUGUAACUUCUGUUUCUCGAAUAUAAUUUAAUUUUUUUUAUGAAAUUAAUUUGUUAUCUUUGUAUCGAAUGUAUGUUCAUAUAAAAUAUUUUUUCCUUUAUCGUGAUCGAUUUCUUUCUUUUUUUUUGCAAUGGAGAAUUAUUUAAAAAAUAUUUAGAUCUGAUAUAUAUUAUUUUUUUGCAAGAUUUAUUUGCGACAUAUAAAUUCCGUCGUUUUUAGUACAGUUUUUAGCACAGUGACACAAAGUUGUUUUAAUGAUUAACAUUGAUGUACUAUUAAUAAAUGAUAUAGGAGCUUAUUUUAUAGGAAUUCAAAUAUAUUGAUAAUCACA